GCGGACAAUAGCGGAGAGUUACACACUGAGUUGUGGGGGCGCCGCGUGCCGGCCUUCCUCUCAUUGUGGGCCUGCUUCCUGUCUGAAACGUGAAGCCUUCCAGCCUUCCAGUAGCACCGUGACGCUACUCCGCUGUUGAUACUCUGUGAUGUGCUGGAGCCCCGCCCACAUGCGCUGAGGGUCUGAGGUGGAAUAGUAGCCCUCCAGCUUCUGUCUGUACUGUCUUUUGGCCUCUCGUAUGGACCUCCUCAGGUCAUAUCUGGCCUUUUUGUAGUCCUCAGCGGUGCCCAUGACAAAUGCAGUCGAACGAGCACGUAGCUUAGCCCUUACAUCACAGUUCAUCCACUGUUUUUGGUUAGGGUAUUUUCUGUAAUACUUAGUGGUGGUAACAGUCUCUAUGCAUGUGCUAAUGUAGCCAGUAACAGCAGAAGCAUAUUCAUCCAUAUCAACAGUACAAUCUUCCCUCCCCGCUGCAGUUUUAAACACAUCCCAGUUUGUGCAGCCAAAGCAGUCCUGAAGUACUUGAUCAGUUUCUUCAUUCCACACUUUAACUGCUGUACGUACAGGGGGAGCUUGUUUAAGAAGUUGUCUGUAUGUUGGAUAAAGGAAUAUGGAGAUGUGGUCGGCCUUUCCAAAGUGGGGUCUUGGAACAGCCUUCAAAGCACCUUUCAUGUUGCUGUAGACUUGGUCCAGGAUGUUAUUUUCCCUUGUGGGAAAGCUCACAUGCUGGUAAUAUUUGGGGAGGACAGUCCUGAAGUUACAGUGGUUGAAAUCGCCAGAUAUAAUAAAUACAGCGUCUGGGUGUUUGGUCUCGUGUUUAUCAAUGAUGUCAUGCAGGAGGCCUAGUGCGUUAGCGGUGUUAGCUCAUGGUGGGAUGUAAACAGCAGUUAAAUACACAGCGCUAAACUCACGAGGCAAAUAAAAAGGUCUGCAUUUCACCAUCAGCAGCUCAAUGUCCUGCGAGCAGUGCUUUUCCAUCGUCUGUACGUCUGUGCACCACCGUUUGUUGUGUGUUCACGUCCGCGAGCCGAGCCAUGACGUCGUGGCGGAACCCGAAGUGCCCCGGCAUGAGGUAAUGCUCCAGUGUUUCUGAGAAAGGAGCUAAUGAGUGCGGACCUCUGCCAAGGCAGGACAGGAGCCACAUGAGACGCUAAAGUCCGAUCUCCCCGGUAAGCAGCAAAUGUUUCCAACUGGAUCGCCGAGUCCGGUAUAUCCUCCGUCAGCCAGGUUUCUGUGAAGAGCGAGGACGGAGUGUGAGAGGACGCUCCUUUGAAGGAAAGAUUUCAACUUGUGGAUCGAUUUGCCUUCUUGUGCUUUUUGAAGAGUCCCACGCUGAGAUACUUUUUGAUGAGAUGCAAGAUGUUCGAAGUUGGAGAGCAUUUCUUUUGUUGUCGUGUCUUUUCCUGAGCUGAAAGCUUCCGAAAAGGAGGAGAAGGCACGCUAGCGAGGCACCACCUGGUCUCUUCUGGGACGAUGGGCUCAGAAAAGGACUCGGAGUCUCCCCACUCCUCGCUGAGCGGCGUCCCCAACCCGAAGUGCCGUGCGGCCGGAAAGCGCCAGCGCCGCAUCUCCUUCCAGAGCCUCUUCAACAGCAAGCGGGGCUCCCAAGGUACCAGGGGCCCCAAAGGACGGGCGGCCACCACCACCCCUGUGUCCCACCAUCUCCACUCACAGCAACAACAGCAGCUUCUACCGUCUGCCUUGAGCCCACCCGCGGUCCCGGCCACACCCACCACCACCACAGCCCCCCAGGAUGCUGCCACCAGUACCCCCUCCAGGCAGCUCUCCUCCAGCCAGCCCUCCCUGAUUGGCGAGGGUCCAUCAACGGGGGAGGCUGACCUCCUGGAGUGCCCCCUGUGCCUGGUGCGCCAGCCCGCCAACCAGCUCCCCGAGCUGCUGGGCUGCACCCACCGAUCCUGCCUGUGUUGCCUGCGCCAGUACCUGCGCAUCGAGAUCACAGAGAGCCGGGUCCAGCUCAGCUGCCCCGAGUGUGCCGAGCGCCUGUUGCCGAGUCAGGUGGCCAACAUCUUGGAUGACGCCACCCUGCUGGACAAGUACGAGGAGUUCCUGCUGCGGCGCUGCCUCGCCUCCAAUCCCGACUGCAGAUGGUGCCCGGCGCCGGACUGCGGGUUUGCCGUCAUCGCUUCGGGCUGUGCCAGCUGUCCCCGGCUGGUGUGCCGCAGAGAAGGCUGCGGCGCCGAGUUCUGCUACCACUGCAAGCAGGCCUGGCACCCCAACCAGACCUGCGACUCGGCCCGCCAGCAGAGGGCGCAGUCCCUGCACACGCACAGCAACCACUCACCCAGCUACACGCAAGAGCAAGGCCCUGCUGAUGACAUCAAGCCGUGCCCCCGCUGCGGCGCCUACAUCAUCAAGAUGAACGACGGAAGCUGCAACCACAUGACGUGUGCCGUGUGCGGUUGCGAGUUCUGCUGGCUGUGCAUGAAGGAGAUCUCUGACCUGCAUUACCUAAGUCCGUCCGGCUGCACCUUCUGGGGUAAGAAACCCUGGAGCAGGAAGAAGAAGAUCUUGUGGCAGCUCGGCACCCUCAUCGGCGCCCCUGUCGGCAUCACGCUCAUCGCCGGCAUUGCCAUCCCCGCCAUGGUCAUCGGCAUACCCGUUUAUGUGGGACGCAAGAUCCAUGCUCACUACGAGCUGAAGAAGGCGUCUCGCCACAGGAGGAACUUGGCCAUCACGGCGGGCGUGGCCUUGUCCGUGCUCUCCGCCCCCGUCAUCGCCGCCGUCAGCGUGGGCAUCGGCGUGCCCAUCAUGUUGGCGUACGUUUACGGCGUGGUGCCCAUCUCACUGUGCCGAGGAGGCGGCUGUGGCGUGAGCAGAGGGAAGGGGCGGGGCGUACGCAUUGACUUUGAUGAGGACGACGGACCAAUCACAGUGGCGGACGCGUGGCGAGCCCUCAAGUCGCCCAGCCUCGGCGAGAGCAGCCUAGAUGGGGCGGUCAGCGGUCUGAGCACCACAUCCCCAAGCGAGGGCCUCUCUGUGGUCCCGGGGACCGUCGGGGACGCACCUCAUUUCAACACCCUGGCUAGCGGCGCCUUGGGGACGCGCACGGGCAAGUACAGCAGGCUGGAGGUCCAGGCGGGGGAGCUGACCAAAGAGUCCACCCAGAAGGAGACGGGGAGCUUGGGGGCAGGAAGCGACUGUGCCAGCACUCGAGGGAUGGCGGGGUCCAUCAUCUCCUCCUACACGCUGCCUGACAGGUAUCUAAAAAAUCCUCACUUAGCAUGUGUGCAUGUGUCACCGUGUCGUGGGGGUGGCGUCCUCAGGGACUGCACCAACCUGGAGAUCCAGGUGGACAUCGAGACCAAACCCAGCCAUCUCUGCCUGACCAGCGAGGAGGACCUGGCGCCGCCCGCAAGCCCUCCUGUCACCGUGGCCGCCGCCUCGGGAGCUGAGGAGCCCCUGGACUGCAGCUCGAGACGGGGCGGGGCUUUGUCCGGCUCUGCCCUGGGACUGUCCCACGGCGGCUCCAUCAAGGAGGGGCUCCGAGACGUCACGCUGGCCCAGCCCGAGAGCAUCCGGAGCGACCUGGAGAUGUCAGACACGCAGUCGGACGACAUCGCCGAGCUGACGUCCGACGACUGCGACUCGCCUCGGGCCAAAGUCUGCGCCCCGGCCUCCUGCCGAGCCCAGAGCCCCCCCACCAAAGGCCUUCACUGUCCUGCAGACGGCAGCGUCAUCCUGUACGUGUGAGAGACCGGCAGCACUCAGGGACGCACAACAAUCAUCCCACCUUUUUUUUUCUUCCUCUUUCUUCUCAUUUGCUGCUUUUGCCUCCUGCAGACGCCAUCUUGUGUCUGUCCACCUGACAAUCUGAGAACAUUGUCAGAGUUCUACCUCUGAGAUUUGUAAGACCCUGACUCAAGUUUACUUGCCUGGUGCAACUUAAAACAAAAACUGAAGAGGUACAAGUUUGACAAGAGGUGAUGAGCACAGGCGGAGGGAGAUCACAUGAUGCGUGAACGACAGCGUGUGUGCGUGUGUGUCGACAGGUAAUUACGCUCGGGCAAAGGUGAGAUGGGAUGCUUUGCUGCGUGCGUGAGCCUGGAAUGGAAAGUUUACGUGCAUGUUCAAGUACACACAAACACAAAACAGGAAUGUCCACUAAUUAGGAAUAAAUUCAUCAACAUUUCCAGAAGAAUUGACAGCAAAACACAGCUGGAUGUUCAUUUUUGUUUUGAAUGCGCACUUGUGCACUUUACCCAAACCUACCUUUUUUUCCUUAUCAUCAUCGUCAGGUGUCGCUAUGAGAGUUUGCAUUUCAGUCGCACACAACCAAAAUCGAUCUCACACCAGGAUGCCUUUUGUGUUUGCGUUUGGCUCCAAAAACCCCAAGUGACAACAUGAUUCUGAUUAGGAUUAUUUGACUUGUGGUUUUGGAGCCAAACACUGGUCUUAAUCGUUCUCACCGGCCUGACUUGUUUGUCAGCAUUGGUCACCUCUGUGCUUGGCUUCAAAAAAACAAAAAGAAAAAGGUUUCCUAGCAGGUCUUCCUUCAGUCUGCGAGGAAUCAACUUGGGAAGCGUCUUCACGUCGAAUAGCUUUUUUUUUUUUUGCCUUCAGCUGCUUGUUUCAUUUGCUGCACUUAUCACUUGUUUCUGUGACAAACCACUCGAAUGUAAGGACCCCCCCCGCCAGGGUGUGGCUGAGCGUCGACUGGAAUCACCCACCUGUCCCAAUGUGGAUGAAAAGCUGGAGAGUGUAUGGAUAGCAAUAUAAGAGUGUUUGUGUACUUCCUGUCACUGUCGAAGCCUCGCCUGGUGUGAGGACGCACACACAGGACUGUGAAUGACAUUUUGUGGGGGGGAAAUAAACACAAUCUGAUGUUUACCAAACCUAUGUGUCAUUGUUACUUAUUUCAAAAAAGAAACGACAUGCAAUGUUCAUAAACAAUGCUAUCUAACUUACUCACACCACCAUUGGCUUGUCUUUACUCACUCCUGUCCACAAGAUGGCGGUAGUUAACGGCGACGACCGUAACGAGUGAUGGGAAACAACUCCUUUUAUUGACUUACGUUGUUAACGUGCGCGAUUCACUAUAGUGAGUGAAUCGCGCACUAGAUUGUCAAGUGUUACCGCGCGCAUGACUCCCAUAGACAUCCACGCAAACACCUAAUUGAGUUGGUUGGCCCGUGCAGCGAUUCGUUUGUUUGCACCGCGGGAAUCCACAGCAUUAUGCCACAAAGUCAACAGAUUGUCUUGGUAAAAUGACGUUAUAAUGGCUAAAUACAAUCAUACAAAAGUAUUCUUUCAGCCUUAUCUGUGAAGGUAAUCCCGUGAGAUCUUGUUUGGACUGUAAAUCGGUUGGUAUAAUUCAUGAAUUAGGCAUCUUCCCCGUUCUCUCUUGCCAUAUCGAAUAUGGCGUCAACUUCAGCAGC